AUGAUGCACAUAACUAGCUUGUUUUCUACCACAAAGACCAGUUCUGCUCCAAAAGGUCCUGUAUCCACAAACACCUCAGCCCUUUCAAAAAACACAUCUUCAGCUUUCCCCACAAUCACUCCUCCCACAACUACAAUACCCGCAACCACCUCGACUGUGACAUUACCUACUGAUGUACCUACAAUUCCACCAGCCACUACUACCAUCUCUCCAACCAUCAGUCUUGUACCCACAACCACCCCUACUAUUGAAACUACAACUGCUGCAGCCUCAAUUGCACUUUCUACCACUGUGACUGUGCUGGCUUCAACCACAAGUCCUGUAGUCACAACUGCCUCAGCACCUUCACAAACCACAACUUCUCCUGCCUUGGUCACGAUCUCUAAUACCGUAUCCACAAUGAACACUAUUGCUCCAACCACCUCUGUUCCGACCUCAACUUCUGCUCUACUCACGAUGAUUCCUGCUUUUGUCACAACUACAUCUUUGACCACACCUGCUGCAGUCUCAGCAACCACCUCAUCUAUGAUGCACACAACCACCUCAUCUCCAACCAAACAUCUUGUACCCAAAACGGCUUCAACUGUUUCAAGAGCCACAUCAACCUCUCCUAAACGGGUCAGAACAACCUUUGCUUUGACCACGCCGACUGUAGUGUUGACGACUGCUUCUAUUUCAACCGCAACUACAAUGCCCACAACCUCAUCUGUUGUAACCACAACUCCUGCAACCUCAACUACACUUUCUACAAUUACGAUGACCACAACCAGCUCAUCUCCUAUUGCGAUGACCAAUGCUGCUCCAACCACAACCAACUCUGCUAGCUCAUCUUCUGUUGUACCCACAACUGUACAAGCGACUACUUUAGUCUUUCCAACCCCAAAUCGUGAGCUCACAACUGACCCAGCCCUCUCACAAACCACAAUCAUUGCUUCAACAACUUCUCCUGCAUUGGCCACAACAACCUCUGCUUUGACCACAACUACUGCACUGCCCACAACCCUUCCUUUCCCUACCACAAAGACUACUCUUGCUCUAACUACAAUGCUGAGAAUCACCUCUGCUACAACCUCAUCUUCUGAUGUACCCACAACUACCUCUACUCUGACAUUGACUGAUACGCCACAACGAAGUGCUGUGGCCUCAACUACGAUGCCAACAACCACCUCAUCUCCUACCGCUCAACCCACGAGCUCUGUAUCAGAAACCAUCCCAAUGCCUACAAUAAAAAAUCCUGAAUCCGUCCCGUUUGCUUUGACCCAGACGACUGCAGUGCCAAUGACAAUUGCAAUUUUAACCACAACUAUGAGACCCAGAACCAGCUCGGCUAUGACCUUACAUCCAGUUGUACCCACAACUCCACUCGGCGCUACGAAAGUCUCUCAAACCACAACUCCUUUACCCACAACCACCUCUACUUUGACUUUAACUACCACUGAAGUAAUACUACAUCCUUAG